AGCCCAGCGCCGCGGACCCUCCGCUGGAGCCGCGCCCGCCGCCCCUCGACCGGCCCCGAGCGAGCCUGGGUCGCGCGCCUUUCCCUUCCCCGCGCGCCCCGCACGGCCACAGCCUCCGAGCACAGGUGCCUGUGAAGACUGGACGUGAGCCCGUCGGGGGCACGGGCGUGAUGUCGGCCCAGAAGCUUGUGGCCUGCCUCUGCCAGGAAGGGGACCAGCACCUUGCCCUGGGGGAGCCCCUGCUGGCCACCGCCUUCUACCUGGCUGCCUUCAGCUGCCACGCCCCCUCGGCGGUGCAGAGGGUCCGAGCUGCCCUGGCCGAGGCUCGUGGGGCACCCGUGGUGGCCACCCUGGAGGCCUGGUGCCGUGGUGACAGCCAGAUCCCGGCCAUCCACUGGGACGGUAUGGCGGUGGUCUCCCUGACGGGGAGCCUGGCCUCCGCCUUCCUGGCGGCCCUCUGCCCGGAUCACCCGGCCGCAGUCCUGCACUCUCUGGCCAGCCUGCUGGUGCACGGCCGCCACGGGGAGGUGGUGCAGCGCUGUGGCGCCCUGCUGGACGCUCACUCCCAGCAAACCCUGGAGCUGCGGCUGACCCGCGCCCUGGCCUGGGUCCUGUCCGGGACGCAGGUGGACGCUGGCAUGGCCGACUACCUCCAGGCCUUUGCCUUGAGUGCCGACCGGACUGUGGCCUUCGUCCGCACCCACCAGCAGCCCUACCUCCCCGUGCUGGUCAGCACCCUCCAGGACUUCAUCUCGGGGCGCCAGGAGGCCGGGGACAGUGCCAGCCAGCAGGAGACCGACUGCCAGAGACUCCUGGCAGCCCUGGCCCCCAGUGGCACCUGGAGCGACGUCCUGUCUCCCGAAGCUUUGCUCCUCCGUGGCAGGUACGCGGACUGCCGGGCAGCAUGCAGCCGGGCCCUUGAGUCCGAGCCGCCGGGCAGCAGACCGCAAGGUGAGCAUCUGGCCGCCCUGCUGGUCACCCGGGCAGCCGCGGCCUUCCUCUUGGACCGCGGGGCUCAAGACCUGCUUCGGGACCUGCACGGGGCCUUCCGCGAGAGCCCCUUGGGGGCGCGCAGGCAUUUGGAGGCCUUGCUGUCGGCGGGGGACCGGGAGCGCCUGCGGGCCCAGGUGCAGGAGGCCGCAGACGUCGGCUUCGCCCAUUUCCAGGAGGUUGUGCGGAGCCGCGCCGAGCUCCGCGAGGACUCCGGCCGCGAGCUGCUGGCGCCGGUGGCCCGUGCGCUCCGCGUCCUGCGGCGUGUGGCUCCGCCCGGGGCGCGGCCCGCACUGGGCGCCCGCCUAGCCGAGUGCCUGCUUCUGGCCGGGGACGCGGCGGGUGCCCGGGCGCUGUGCGAGCGCCUGCUGAGGCCCGCGCUCCCCGGGGACCGUGCGCCCCUGCUGGCGCUGCGCGGCUUCUGCGCGCUGCACGCUGGCGACGCGCGGUGCGCCCGGGAGGACUUCCAGGCGGUGGUGGAGCAGGGCCCGCCGCACCCGAACGGCUGCGUGCGUGCUCUGUGCGGCCGCGGGCUGCUGCGGGUGCUUUCGGGCAGCGCGUUCCUGGGCGCGCUGGACUAUGUCACCGCCUGCCGGCUGCGGCCGGAGGAGACUCUGCUCGUCGCCAAGGCCUACGUGCCCUGGAACCAGCGAGGGCUGCUGCUGACGGUUCUGCGGGAGGAGGGCCGCCGGAUGCUGGAGCGGAAGCUGGACCUGGGACCCGGGGGCGCGCCGGGCUGCCGGAGUAAGGCCGCGGAGAUGGACAGCCCCGCUGCGCAGGAAGGGGACGCCCAUGGUGUGCACCAGCUGGCCAUACUUUUGAUGGAGCUGGAUGCAGAAGACGAAGCUUCACGCCUCCUGGCAGCUGAUGCCCUGUACCGCCUGGGCCACCUGGACGACGCCCAUAAGGCGCUCCUGGUGGCCCUCUCCCGGAGGCCCCAGGCGGCCCCUGUGCUGGUGCGGCUGGCCCUGCUGCAGUUGCGAAGAGGCUUCUUCUACGACGCCAACCAGCUGGUGAAGAAGGUGGUCCAGUCUGGGGACACAGCGUGCCUCCAGCCCACCCUGGACGUCUUCCGCCAUGAAGACCGGCAGCUGCUGCAGGGCCACUGCCAUGCGAGGGCCCUGGCCAUCCUGCGGGGGGCGCCAAGCGGGGCCGAGGGUGGAGCCCACACCAGGGAGGCCAUCGCCUACCUCUCUUUGGCCAUCUUCUCCGCAGGGGGUCAGGCAACUGAGUCCCUGCUCACCCGUGCCCGCUGUUACGGGUUCCUGGGCCAGAAGAAGACCGCCAUGUUUGACUUCAACUCCGUGCUGCGGGCCGAGCCAGGGAACGUGCAGGCGCUGUGUGGACGGGCACUCCUGCACUUGGCCCUGGACCAGCAGAAGGAGGCUGUGGAUGACAUCCUCUCAGCUCUGAAGCUCGACCUGACGACAGUGGUCCCUGAGAUCUGCUCUCUGAAGCCAGAGGCACGGGCCCUCAUCACGCAGGGUCUGUCCUCCCGCUGCCGGGUCCUCCUGAGCCAGUCACUGGACACCGGGGCUCCCCUCAGUGACGAGGACACCCAGGGCCUCCUUGCCGCAGGGGAGGCACUGGUCAAAAUCGAUGCCGGGCAGCUGAGCUGGCACAUCCUCCUGGCAGACGUGCUCACUGCUGUGGGAAGCUAUGAGGAGGCUGGCACCCACCUGCAAAAAGCCCUACACCCCGCUCCGCCAUCAGAGCCUGCCCGAGCCCGGCGGGGCCUGCUCCGGCUCAAGAAGGGAGACGUGGUGGCUGCUGCGCGGGAUCUGCAGUGCCUGGCGGAGACGGAUGCCCGGGACCUCGGCUUCCUGCUGCAGCUUCUGGAGGCCUCGGAGCGGCAGAGCCUCACCCAGGUCGCAGCCCAGGAAGCUGGCACCCUCCUAAGCUCAGGGCAGCCUGGGCAGGCGCUGGGCUACUGCUCGCUGGCCGUCCUGGCCGGUGGUGACAAUGCCUGGCACCUGCGUCUGCGGGCCGCCUGCCUGGCCGAGCUGCGGGACUUUGGCCGGGCUCUCGGGGACCUGGACCGCGUGCUCCAGGAAGGUUCCGGGGACAGCGACCUCCCAACGCGGGCAGAGGACCUCUGCUCCCGGGGCCGCCUGCUGCUGAGCCUGGGGGAGGAGACUGGGGCUGCAGGGGCCUUCGCCCAGGCCCUCAAGCUGGCCCCCACUGUGGCUCAGAGCAGCCUGUGGGAGCGGCCGGGCCGGGCCCCUGCCGCCCAAGCCUUGCUGUGCCACGGGCAGCGCUGUCUGGAGGAUCGGCAGUAUGCAGAGGCCUGGACGGCAGCUGAGGGUGGCCUCCUGCUGGACCCCCAGCACCGCGGCCUCAGGAGGCUGAGGACCAGCAUCCGGAGGGAGGCGUCUGGCUGCCUGCUCCACUGACCGGGCUGCCUCCAGGCCCAGUUGUGG